GCAUUAUAAUAAUGCCUAUGCAUGGUACUGAAGUGCGAAUAAAUAAAGAAGCUAAAUAUAUAAAUCACAACAUAUAAUUAUUGAUGAUAAAACAUACCUUACCUUGCCUCUGCCUCUCAUCUGUAUCCAGUCUGCAAAAAACGAGUGUAAUGAUGGAGGUCUGCAAUGUCAGGACUGUCUCCCACACAGCAGGGGGCGCUACAGAGGAACGCGUCCAAGCCAGCGUUCACCUUCCACCCGGCGGCUCUCCAACAGGGACACACAUGUUACAGAACACAGAUGGAUGUUUUCAUCAAGCGCAGCGCAUCACAGAUGGAAGUCGACACCGAGAAGACCAGCUCUCCAGAGCUGCUUUCGUGCGGCCACGGAGGAGGUAUUCAUGACAAACUGCUGCUCAAACCGAAGCUCAGCAGCUCGUUGCAGACCGAGAAGGUUCCGAGGAGCAGCGUGUUGGGACGCCUUCAGAAUUUCCUGCCCCAGAUGGCCGCAGCCAACGACAAGUUGAUGGUGCAGAUCCAGGAUUCUCCCGCCGGACAGUUCGACAUAGAGCAAGUGGAGGAGGCGGAGCGGGUCAUAGAGAUGGACGUCGCCUUAGUGGAGCUCAGUGGAUCUGAGGAGGAGGAGGAGACAUCGGAGGAAGAGGAGGAGGACUCUGAUGAGGAGCAGGAGGUGAACCUCAAACUCCCCAGUGACGGCAGCAGGAAGAAGAGAGCCAACAUCCAAGUCCUGGAGACGAAGGCGCAGUAGGAAGGGGCGUCAACAGACUCUUUAAAGAGACGCUCUCUGAGACGCCUGACCAUUGGGCCUCGGGAAGGUCACAUGGGACACGUCCGGACCAAUGAGAAGCCUUCCAUCUUCUACGCUGUUUAGUGUCGUUGUAAAGGUUAUCAGGCGGUUGUAAAUGUGAAACGACCACAGCGAGCACCUCCAACUUGGAUGUUCAGUUGGGUACAAUACGUUACCAUUUUUAAAGGUGACAUAUUAUACCAAAAGGUGUGAGUGCGAUAAGCCGUUUUGAAAAUAGGCCUCUUCUGACAUCACAAGAGGGCGUGUCCAUCCACCUAGAUGUGUGCUGGACAGAAGAUGCUAUCUUCUGUUCGGUCACCACAGGCUAUUGUCAGACUUUAAGCACCAAUCGCCUCUAGUGCUGGGAGAUGUCCCUCGAUAUAGUCUGAGUUUGAGUGAGAUCACUAGAUCAGUUGUAAUAAUCUUACUUUGAGCAGGAGCUGGAACAUCUGGGGUUUGCAAUCUCACCCCACAUUGUUCUUGUCAUUUAUCCGUUACAUUCAGGUCCAAUGUCCACGAUAUCAUUCUGAUUUGUGCUGUAAAUAUGUCUGCUGUAGGUCAAGAUAAAGAAUUUUGCUACUGAAACUUUAUCUUCAUUGUUUUUGUAAAAAGUCAAUGUCCCAAAAAAUGUUUUAUAUUGAUAAUUUGCAGACUUGACUGAUUUGAGAAGUAAAAUCACAACUUUUUACCAAACCCAGAUCCCUUUAAUGACCGAGGACACUUUAUUGAGGCGCCUUUCCAUGCACACAGAAUAGAAAACAGUUCCUUCAUUGGUUAAUACUAUUUCAACCGGCCGUCAAGCGUUGGUCGUACACACACACAACAGAUUCUCUGCAUUUCUUAGCCCUUAGUGUCUUAAGUGAAGACCGAUUCAAUAGAAAAACUAUUUCAUAUGGUAGUGCUCAAUGUUUUUUUUUUCUAGUCAAUCUACUGUAAAGAGUCUCAAAAGAUACCAUAGUUGUAUAUACCAUUGCUAACUGAAAGCGCUUUCAAAAUAUAUAAAAUAGAUAUUUUAUGAAUGUUUUUGCUAAACUAUUUACAAUAAACCAUCCAUUUGA